CAGCGAGGAGAAGAUGGCGGCGCUGGGCGAGCCGGUACGGCUGGAGCGAGACAUCUGCAGAGCAAUUGAGUUGCUGGAAAAAUUACAGAGAAGUGGUGAAGUGCCACCACAAAAGCUACAGGCAUUGCAAAGAGUCCUUCAAAGUGAAUUCUGUAAUGCUGUAAGGGAGGUGUAUGAGCACGUUUACGAAACUGUGGAUAUCAGCAGUAGCCCAGAAGUUAGAGCUAAUGCAACAGCAAAGGCUACUGUAGCUGCAUUUGCAGCUAGCGAAGGGCAUUCCCACCCCAGAGUGGUUGAACUACCCAAAACAGAAGAAGGCCUUGGAUUUAACAUUAUGGGAGGCAAAGAACAAAAUUCUCCAAUCUACAUCUCUCGGAUUAUCCCUGGUGGCAUAGCUGAUAGACACGGAGGCCUGAAGCGUGGAGACCAGCUGCUUUCUGUGAAUGGAGUGAGUGUCGAAGGUGAACACCAUGAAAAAGCAGUAGAACUGCUGAAGGCAGCUCAAGGCAAGGUUAAAUUAGUGGUGAGGUACACACCGAAGGUCCUGGAAGAGAUGGAGUCAAGAUUUGAGAAAAUGAGAUCGGCAAAACGCAGGCAGCAAAACUAAGGUCGUACGCGAGAACCGCAAGAGAAACUGUCUGCCCCGCACCUUUGUGACUUAGUUGAUCCAAUGGCUGGACUGCUGAAGACCUUUUCAGAGAAUCAUGGGGUGACUGAGGUUGGAGGCACUCCUGGAGAUCAUCCAGUCCAACCCCCCUGCCCAGAGGAGGGUUAGCUAGUGCAGGUUGCUCAGGACUGCAACAGGCUGAUUUGGAGAUGCCAGAAGAUCUCUGAGCAACCUGUUCUAGUGUUUUGAUCUCCUUCACACUACAAAGGGCCAUUCUUAUACUUAAAUGGAGCUUCCUGUAUUUCCACUUGUGCCCACUGACUCUUGUCCGGUCACUGGAUGCUACUGGGAAGAGUCUGGCUCUUGUUUUACUCUUCCCUGUCAGGCAUUUACACAUGUUGGUAAGAUCACCCCUGAGCUUUCUCUUCAGGCUAGACAAUCCCAGUUCUCUCAGCUUCUCCUUAUCUGUCAGGUGCUUCACUUAAUCACCUUUGUGACCCUUCACUGGACAUGCUGUUCUAUGCCCAUGUCCGUACUGAACUGGGGACCCUUAAACUGUACCCAGCACAUGAGUUGUGUCUCACUGGGGCUGAUCAGAGGGUAAGAAUC